CCAAGCUGAUUCCAAUGACUUCAUCAGUGCGAUGAUUGGUCAGCUCAUGCACCGACACUUUAAAAGGACCACUGUCUUUGCAGCAGUCAUGAAUCUGGAACAAUAGAUUAUUUUUGUAUUUGCUGCACACCGCUUACAGACUGUUUGGUUUCAGUUUUACAACAAAAAUGUAUUUUGAAUUGUGUGUGAGAGUUCUUGUGCUCUCACUCUUGAUUUUUGGGCAGCAAGCAAAGGCACUCAGCUACAGAAGUGGAGGCCCCAGUGGCAUUACACCUCACUUUGAUUUUUCAAGAAGUCUUAAACCUGCUUCCACUUCCAAUGAUGAUAGUUCAGCAAAGCCUGAGAGGUUUUUGGGUAGUUAUUCACCCUUUCAUGCUGAUGGGGCUUUAUCUGAGACUCUGAAGCCAGCUGCUGCACCAAGUGCAAGAGGUUAUAGUGGCUCUCAUGGUAGGCAAGUAGAUGGUUACAGUCCUGAGGGAAGUGUUUCUAGUUACGGGCCAAGCCAACCAAUAAUUCGUAAACCAAACCAACUACCUCAAGCUAACCCUAGUGCAAAUGGUGUCCUUCCAACCAAAGCUGCGCCGUGGGCUUUCCCUUUGCCCCAUAAUCCAAACUCUUUUCAGUCUGGUAUUGCUUCAAGUUCUGCAAUUGUGAUGCACUCUGGUCCCUACUCUGCAGUGCCAUCCAAGCCCCAGCAACCCAAAAACCUUCCAAAGCCCCAGCAGGCCCGCUACAAGCCUAAGCCCCACCAGCCCAAACCUCAGCAGGCCGCCAACCCUUCAAAUCCCCUGCAGUUUUGGUACAGACCCAAACCUCAGCAGGCUGCAAAUCCUUCAAUUCCUCAGCAGGCCAAGCCCUACCAGCCCUCCUACCCUUUGAAACUCCAGCAGGCCACAAACCCUUCAAAUCCCCUGCAGUCUAGGUACCGGCCCAAACCCCAGCAGACCAAGCCCAACCAGCCUUCCUACACUUCAAACCCUCAGCAGGCCAAGCCCUACCAGCGUUCCUACCCUUCAAAUCCUAAGCAGGCCAAGCCCUACCAGCGUUCCUACCCUUCAAAUCCUCAGCAGGCUAAGCCCGACCAGCCUUCCUACACUUCAAAUCCUCAGCAGGCCAAGCCCUACCAGCGUUCCUACCCUUCAAAUCCUCAGCAGGCCAAGCCCGACCAGCGUUCCUACCCUUCAAAUCCUCAGCAGGCCAAGCUCGACCAGCCUUCCUACACUUCAAAUCCUCAGCAGGCCAAGCCCUACCAGCGUUCCUACCCUUCAAAUCCUCAGCAGGCCAAGCCCGAACAGCGUUCCUACCCUUCAAAUCCUCAGCAGGCCAAGCCCUACCAGCGUUCCUACCCUUCAAAUCCUCAGCAGGCCAAGCCCUACCAGCCAUUAUACCCUUCAAACCCUCAGCAGCCCAAACCUCAGCAGGCCAAACCCCUGCAAGGGGUGCUCCAAAGUAAAGCUGGCAUGUGGGACAUUCCUUUCGAAGGAAGUGUUGCUUCUGGCUCUAAUGUGCAGCCCACUGACUCAAACUCGCACUUGAAUGUUGACCCAAGAAGUUUGAGAGAAAUUCCAAUGUCAUUCCUGUACCAGCCCAGGUGGCAACAGCAACUGGUGCCAGUGUAGAACAGACAUCAUUGACCUUCCUAACUGUUCCUGGACUUGCCUGGAAGCAGUCUGAACUGGCAUCAACUUUGAAUUUAAUAAAAAUUAGAACACGCACUCUUUGGAUGUUCUUUGAAACUGUACUUGUGCUGUGCUGUAGACAGUGUUGCACCCUUACUUCCUGAACAUGUCCACAACCACUUGCUUGUUUCCUUUGAACUUCAGGGGUUUGUUUUCCUGGCUAGGUACAAUAACAUUGUGAACAGCAGCUCACAGUAAUGUGUUUGCAAAUAUGUAUUGACAGCAAGUUUAAAAGACUUGACUAAGAAUGUUCUUCACUUAACAUUUGAAAGGCUGAGAACUUUCAAGGAUGAGUGUCCAACAUUAUUUCAAAGUGUCAGACUCUGUGGUUCCUAAUGAGGUUUAUUGGACUACACAUGACAAACUUGUAUCACUUAAAACAAUAUCUUCAGAAACAUUGCAGUUUAUGCUUUAUUCCAUGCUGCUGAAUUGAUUGUCAUAUAAUGCAUAUGUUUGUGUAUUUUGGGCCUAAUGUGUAUAGGUCCUGUUAGGCAUGUGUGUAACUGUUAAUCAACAGAUUGAAACACUGAGAGAAUAAAAAAAGUAUGCCUUCUAGAGUAAGACGGGUGAGCUGGAGGGCCCUGAGGUGGAUGGAUUUGUCAAAUAUAUGAUGGAGCUGGUGAAGGUGCCCUUAGAUUCCCUUAUACAGAGCUGAUACACAAUGUUAUUGAUCAGAUAUCAGUCAAGUGUCAUUCAUCAGGAGUCUUCUGACCUCUCUCUAACUCUACCACCCCCCGACCCUCUCCUCCAACCCAGCAUCAGUGGCACAGACCUGGACAAGUUCAGGAAAGCUCUGAUGGGUCACCGCGACAUCAACGGAGACGGAAAGAUCCAGAAGAACGAGCUGGCUCUCUGCCUCGGCCUCAAACUCAGCUAACAGACCCCCACAACGUUCACACAUUUUUCUUUCUGUCCUCUAUCCUUCUUUCCAUCUUCCUUCUCUCUAUGUACAGUUCUAAAUUCUUUUAUUUUUCAAUUUAAAUGUGUAUCUUUUACUAUACUCUUUUACUCCCGUGUGAAUCAUUACUUCUCCCUCCCUAUUUUAGCAGUAUCGCCUCAAUUAUUGGCUCUCAGUUGGUGUUUUAAGAAUGAUGUAUCUACAUGUUUUAUGCUCGUGUGUAUAUAUAAUGUUAUAUAUUGCUAAAAUAUUUAUAUUAAUAUCUAGCAAUUGAAAUAAUGGUAAAUGUGUAGCCUUGAGUUGGGACAUAAAAAUCGUUUGUUUUCUUUGUAAUGUAAAAAAUAAUGAAACAUUGUUUGAAUUACAUUUUUU